AUGAAAUUCUCCACAGGAUCUGUGAUUAGCGCUCUAGCACUUGCUCAAUCCGCAUCUGCUUUCACUUUCCAGAACACCACUACUCCUGCAACUACUUCUAGCUCAGUUGCUAGUGGAUAUACUACUAGCACUCUCACUAUCACCAAGUGUGAAAGCAAUAUUUGCAAGGAAGUUGUUACUGUGACCACCUGCCCAAUUUCAAGUGUAAGCACAUCGGUUCUUACUUCGACUCCUCCAAUUACUGGUGCUACGAAUACUGCAGCUACAACUGGUUCAAGCUCUGUCUCUACCCGUUACACUACUUACACCACCACUACUACUGGUGGGAAGACUGUUACCGUAACUGAGCCAUGCGAAACUAUUACUGGUUCUGGCUCUGGCUCUGGUUCUGGUUCCGGCAGCGGUUCAGGAUCAGGCUCUGGUAGUGGAUCUGGUAGUGGAUCAGGCUCUGGAUCAGGUUCAGGAUCAGGCUCUGGUUCAGGAUCUGGCAGUGGCUCAGGUUCAGGCUCUGGCUCAGGCUCUGGCUCUGGUUCAGGCUCAGGUUCUGGUAGUGGCUCAGGUUCUGGAUCUGGAUCUGGAUCUGGAUCUGGUAGUGGCUCUGGAUCCGGCUCUGGCUCUGGAUCUGGUAGUGGCUCUGGCUCUGGAUCUGGCUCUGGCUCUGGCUCUGGAUCUGGAUCUGGAUCUGGCUCUGGAUCUGGCUCUGGCUCUGGCUCAGGCUCAGGCUCAGGCUCAGGCUCAGGCUCUGGAUCUGGCUCAGUUUCUACUCGUUACACCACUUACACUACAUCCUCAGGUGGAAAAACAAUUACAGUGACUGAACCUUGCGAGACUAUCACUUACACUACUAGCACUAAGGGUCCUUCAGCUUCAAGCUCAGGUUCCGGCUCUGGCUCAGGUUCAGGAUCUGGCAGCGGUUCCGGCUCAGGCUCUGGUUCAGGUUCUGGCUCUGGUUCUGGCUCAGGUUCUGGUAGUGGCUCAGGUUCUGGAUCUGGAUCUGGAUCUGGAUCUGGUAGUGGCUCUGGAUCCGGCUCUGGCUCUGGAUCUGGUAGUGGCUCUGGCUCUGGAUCUGGCUCUGGCUCUGGCUCUGGAUCUGGAUCUGGAUCUGGCUCUGGUUCUGGCUCAGGUUCUGGCUCUGGUUCUGGUAGUGGCUCUGGUUCUGGCUCAGGCUCUGGUUCUGGCUCUGGUUCUGGUAGUGGCUCUGGCUCUGGUUCUGGUUCUGGUUCUGGUUCUGGUUCUGGCUCAGGUUCUGGCUCAGGCUCUGGUUCUGGCUCUGGUUCUGGUAGUGGCUCAGGUUCUGGCUCUGGUUCUGGCUCUGGUUCUGGUUCUGGUUCUGGCUCUGGUUCUGGCUCUGGUUCUGGCUCAGGUUCUGGUAGUGGCUCUGGCUCUGGUUCUGGAUCUGGCUCAGGAUCUGGUAGUGGCUCUGGUUCAGGAUCUGGUAGUGGCUCUGGCUCUGGUUCAGGAUCUGGCUCAGGAUCUGGUAGUGGCUCUGGUUCAGGUUCAGGUUCUGGCUCAGGCUCAGGCUCAGGCUCAGGCUCAGGCUCAGGCUCAGGCUCAGGUUCCGGUUCCGGUUCCGGUUCAGGCUCUGGAUCAGGCUCUGGAUCUGGCUCAGUUUCUACUCGUUACACCACUUACACUACAUCCUCAGGUGGAAAAACAAUUACAGUGACUGAACCUUGCGAGACUAUCACUUACACUACUAGCACUAAGGGUCCUUCAGCUUCAAGCUCAGGUACUGGCUCUGGCUCAGGUUCCGGCUCUGGCUCAGGUUCCGGCUCUGGCUCAGGUUCUGGAUCUGGCUCAGGUUCUGGAUCUGGUAGUGGCUCUGGAUCCGGCUCUGGCUCUGGUUCUGGUAGUGGCUCUGGUUCUGGUUCGGGCUCUGGCUCUGGCUCUGGCUCUGGCUCAGGCUCAGGCUCUGGUUCGGGCUCUGGUACUGUCUCCGUUACUGUUUCUGCAGGACCAUCUGGCACUUUUACCGUUUCAUACUCUGCUGGCCCGUCUGGUACCGUAUCAUACUCUGCUGGCCCAUCGGGAACUGUAACUAAGACCCUUUCAGCAUCAGCAUCAGCCUCAGGUUCAGGUUCAGGUUCAGGUUCCGGCUCUGGCUCAGGUUCAGGUUCUGGUUCCGGCUCAGGCUCCGGCUCAGGCUCUGGUUCUGGUUCUGGUUCUGGUAGUGGUUCUGGUAGUGGUUCUGGUAGUGGUUCUGGUUCAGGUUCCGGCUCUGGCUCUGGCUCUGGCUCUGGCUCUGGCUCUGGCUCUGGCUCUGGCUCUGGCUCUGGCUCUGGCUCUGGCUCUGGCUCUGGCUCUGGCUCUGGCUCUGGCUCUGGCUCUGGCUCUGGCUCUGGCUCUGGCUCUGGCUCUGGCUCUGGCUCAGGCUCUGGCUCUGGCUCUGGCUCAGGCUCUGGCUCAGGUUCUGGUUCCGGCUCCGGCUCCAAAACCAAUGGUACUUCUUCCGGCACCACUCAAACCUCAGGUGUUGCCCAGGCCUCUUCUUCCUCUAGUGUCAGCCAAAUUGCUGUGAACGCAGCUGCUCCCGUUGCUGCCAGCACUAUCUUGGCUGGCUUUGCUGCCCUUGUUGCCUUGUUGAUCUAA